UUUGUGUGUAAGCCAACGGUCUAUAAAUAACCUCGCAUUGUGUGUCGACCAACAGAAAACAACGAGAUCCGUGAUUAUUCUGUCCAAACACUCAGCAGACAAGAUAAAAACAAUGGCGGCUUCUCUACAAGUCAGGAGUUUUUUGACCGCUUCCAGCGUCGUCCUGUUGUUGGUAGUUGUCAGCGGCGCAGCUAACAACUCAUGUGACUUCGAUCAGCCACCGUGUGGAUUGUGUGGGAGAAACAUUAACGUGACCCUCAUAGCAAGAAACAACCUGGUACCCCCCACAUUUGAACUUGCCGCUUCCAUAACGAACGAAUACCAAAGGGCCCUGCUAGCCUUCUUGGAAAAAGCAUGCAGUAUCAACAAAAGUUUCAAGUUCGAAUCCACCUUCUACGCUGGGCUGGGCUACUUUAUUGACAGCAUCAACGGAGUUCGAGGUUCGAUACCAAGUAAAACUUUUUGGCACAUCAGCAGCAACGGUGUGUCGGCUGAUUGUGGCGUGUCUAGCUAUAUCCCAGUCAACGGGGAGACAAUUCUGUUUAACUUCACCACCUACCAGGACUCUGGCUACGACUUCUAACGAAAGUUUUCUCAUUUGAUGAUUGUACGUGUGAUCUAUGUGUUAUGAUAUCUGUAUAUAUGCUAUUUAAAAGAUCACUUCUAAUUGGUUUUUAGAAUGUCAUACCAUUUUCUGCACUACUUACACUUUGUGUUCCUUUACACAUGUGACCUAUUAAUUAAAAACUGUUUUAAGUGUAA